CUCAACGUGGAGUUGCGGGAGAAGAUGGCUAUUUAGACCGCAGGCGGCCACCCAGCGCCAACAGGCCCAGGAUCAGCUAGAGGGGGUCCGAAGACAGUACCGCACCAGCCAGGCCGGCAAGCAGAGGUCACACGUGUCCCAACUGCAGAGUGAGGUAGAGAACCUGGCACUGCGUCUGUUCUACAUGCAGGUGGUUAACGCCGACCUGCACUCCGACAUCACAGCCAUGAAGAACACCUCGCGCAAGCCCCACUCCGAGAAGCCCCAGGCAGAAACACACCUGAUUCGAGAUCAGCCAAAUCACGUCACCGUCAUCGAGCGCAAGCAGGCCACCAUCAACGUUUACAACAAGACGAUUGAGCAGCUCGUCGCCAGCACUGGGCACGAGGACCUGGGCCCAUUGGAGAUCCAGGCCAGUACUCUGACCAAGCAGCUAGGGGGGGUGGGAGGAGAGAUCAAGGAGCAGCAGCAGCUCUGGCUGCUAGUGAGACUGAGCCAGGAGAAACGGCCCGGAUCGCCGCCCUGCUCACACUGCAGGCCCAAUUCACCACCCUACAGCAGAGGAAAGUCUGCACCGAGAGUACGUAAACUCCCGCGGACCCGCACACACACUGACCCAGGAGAAACGGGCUCAGAGCACCACCCUGCUCACACUACGGAUGCAACUCUCCAUCUGCAACAAGAGUAAAACACACGCACAGUGGAUAUAGAGAGAAAUAUGAUUUAUUUAUGUGUCAUACACCUACCAGUACCCAGCCCACAGGUGGUUCUUUGUGACCCUGACCAAACAAACACACUCCCGUCCCCAAUACACCCUAAGCCAUGGUCUCCCCCAAUACACACACCCUAACCCAUGGUCUCCCCCAACACACACACCCUAAGCCAUGGUCUCCCCCAACACACACACCCUAAGCCAUGGUCUCCCCAACACACACACCCUAAGCCAUGGUCUCCCCAAUACACACACCCUAACCCAUGGUCUCCCCCAACACACACACCCUAAGCCAUGGUCUCCCCCAAUACACACACCCUAACCCAUGGUCUCCCCAACACACACACCCUAAGCCAUGGUCUCCCCCAAUACACACACCCUAACCCAUGGUCUCCCCCAACACACACACCCUAACCCAUGGUCUCCCCCAACACACACACCCUAAGCCAUGGUCUCCCCCAACACACACACCCUAAGCCAUGGUCUCCCCCAACACACACACCCUAAGCCAUGGUCUCCCCCAAUACACACACCCUAACCCAUGGUCUCCCCCAACACACACACCCUAAGCCAUGGUCUCCCCCAAUACACACACCCUAACCCAUGGUCUCCCCCAAUACACACACCCUAACCCAUGGUCUCCCCCAACACACACACCCUAAGCCAUGGUCUCCUCCAACACACACACCCUAACCCAUGGUCUCCCCCAACACACACACUAACCCAUGGUCUCCCCCAACACACACACCCUAAGCCAGUGGUUCUUAACCUGGGUUCGAUCGAACCCCAGGGGUUCGGUGAGUCAGUCUCAGGGGUUCGGUGGAGGUCAAGACACACAUCCGACUCAUAUGAUUUGUGAUGACACGCCCUGCUUGGCCAUUAUUGGCUGCAGGUGAUCACGCUACAACGCUUGGCCUAUCUGUGCUGCAGGGAAUUUGGUGUGCCCAGUAGUCUACUUGUGACUGUCGUGAUGGUAUGUCUUGUGAUUUCUUUCUUAAUAUUUG